AGCUUUACAACCCUAUAAGAAACGCCACAACAAAAGUAACAGUACCUUGUUCUUGCACGCUGUUGCGUCCCGCUUAUUGAUCGUCUAAGCUGCGAAUGUGAAGUUAAAACAAUGGCCAAGGAUAUGACUCUGCUGUGGGGCUCCGGCUCUCCACCCUGCUGGAGGGUGAUGAUCGCUCUGGAGGAGAAGAACCUGCAGGGCUACAACCAAAAACUGCUCUCCUUUGAGAAAAUGGAGCACAAGUCGAAGGAAGUGUUAGAUAUAAAUCCCAGGGGACAGCUUCCCACUUUCAAACAUGGAGACAUCAUUGUCAAUGAAUCCUAUGCAGCCUGUUUUUACCUGGAGAGCCAGUUUAAAUCCCAGGGAACCAAACUGAUCCCAGACAGCCAAACAGAGCAAGCUCUGAUGUACCAGCGCAUGUUUGAGGGACUCACAUUCUAUGAGAAACUCAAUGCGGUUAUCUACUACGAGUGGUAUGUCCCCGAAGAAGAGAGACAUGAUUCGGCUCUGAAGCGAAACAAAGAAGCUCUGAUCACUGAGCUCAAACUCUGGGAGGGUUACCUGCAGAAACUUGGCUCAGGCUCUCAGCUGGCAGGACCGUCCUUCACACUAGCAGACGUGGUGGUUUUUCCAACAGUUGCCACUCUCUUCAGAUUUGGGUUGUCUGCAGAGCGUUACCCUAAACUGGGAGAGUAUUACAAUCUGCUGAGGGAGAGACCAAGUGUCAAAGCCAGCUGGCCUCCUCAUUGGCUGGAGAACCCCCAGGGACAAGACACACUGAAAGACAUCUGAUAUUCACACACAGUUGUAUGUAAUGCUGCAUAAUGUCAGAGCGCCUUUUCUUGCCAAUAUACAUUGUGCAUAUCUCUAACAACAGUUCCUGUUAAGUUAGCUGUUCAGGUUUGACUAACAGCAGUUUAAGGCCACCUCAGAAAUCAUAUAUAUCCCCCUCAGUCACACUACAGCAAAGGUGUGAACUAUGUGACUAGAAGUAAUUUUCUCCGCCCAAAGGUAGCUCAAAUGCUGUGUGUUUUCAUGACUUUGCAUAGAAUAUUUAGGUCAGUAUUGCAUCCUUUGCACGACUUUGCAUUUUUUCUGUUCUGUCAAUAAAAAGAAGUGCAUUAGC